UGGGCUGAAUCUCAAAUCACUCCUUGCUAGAUCAGCACUCAAGUCAAUUGUGGACAUUAUUUCACUUCAGAUGUAGGACACGUAUAUAGGGAGAAGACGUAUAUUUAGGAUGCGGCCUUUUUUUCUUCCUCCCCGCAAAGGGAUCCUUUUUGACUGUUCUCCGUAGACAGCGACGUGUCUGAGCAGCUCAGCCCUGAUUGGUCGCUUCUGUGGCGGCUGCUUGUGAAACCUGGUGCCGCGGAGCUUUUCCACGUAGCCGAAGUGAACUGGCCACGUUUUAUUCGGCUACAGGGGGAGCUAUGCCCAGCUGUGUAUAGCCACUGAAGUCUGAGAUUAUGGACCACUGAAAUUGAACGUUAACACACGUUUGUUUGUUUUUUCGAGCGUUCGUAAUGGCUUCUCCGGAGGUCCUGAGAUUUGUGGUGUUGUCCGCCGGCCUUGUCUUGGUCCUCGUCCACCCCGAGGGCACUGCAGCGUGGGACGCAGAUUUAGAGCUGUUCGACCUGGUUGAAGAAAUCCCACAAACGUUUUACGAAUUCCUGUCCGUUAACCCGGAUUCCCCGUCAUCUGAGAUCAGAAAGGCGUACAGGAGGCUUUCCCUCAUCCUUCACCCGGAUAAAAACAAAGAUGAGAACGCUGAAACCCAGUUCCGCCAACUUGUUGCCAUCUAUGAAGUUCUUAAAGAUGAUGAAAGGAGAAAAAGGUAUGAUGACAUCCUGGUUAACGGGCUUCCUGACUGGAGACAGCCCGUGUUCUACUACCGCCGUGUCAGGAAGAUGAGCAACGGAGAGCUGGGCUUCCUCCUCUUCCUCAUCCUCACUGUGGGCCACUACGCUGUGAUCUGGUCCAUUUAUUUGGAGAAGCAGCUGGAUGACCUCCUUAGCAAGAAGAAGAGAGAGAAGAAGAAAAAGCAAAGCAGCAAGUUAGCCGAGGAGCCGAAGACGACGGGGCAGGAAAAAAAUGAGAAAUCAGAUAAACCUCACUGGCAUGAUAUUCUGCCGCUCAAGCUGAGCAUCUGGCUUUACUACUCUCUGAAGUCUCUCCCUCAUGUCAUACAGGAGGUGAAGCAGUACUACAAAGACUACAAAGAAAUGAAACUGAAAGAAAAAGAGCAAGCAGAAGCACAAGCACAAGCAGAGCAAGAAAUGCAGCAAAGAGAGAAACGGCCAAAGGUAAAGAAACCCAAAAUAGACUUUCCGGUUUAUGAGCCCAGUGAGGCGGCGUACGUCCCUGCGUACGACCAGGGAGCGUCCAUCGAGGACAUUGAGGAUCAAAUGGACGAUUGGCUGGAGGAUCGGAAAUCGCAGAAAAAGAAAAGUCCAGAGUGGACAGACGAGGACCUCAGUCUGCUGACUCGCUGCAUGGUGAAAUUUCCUGGAGGAACACCGGGCCGAUGGGAGAAGAUCGCUCAUGAGCUGUGCAGAUCCGUCACUGACGUCACGACAAAAGUAAAACAAGUGAAAGACAGUGUCUCCAACACAUCAGGGUUGGUGAAGCUGUCGGAGCUAAAGAGUAGUGCGUUGGUAGGAAAGAGUGCGGUCCCAGAUAGCCUCAUGACCCAGCGAGAGGAGAUCGGGCUUCCCGAAGAGGCUUCGGAACCCGACGCGCCCGAGGAAGCGGAGAGCAAAACCUUGAGGAGACGAGGCAAAAAAUCCGCAGCGGGGGCUGCUGGGACAGGAAGCGGGGAGGACAGGGAAAAACUGAAAGGGCGCAGACAGAGAGACUUUGACCCCGCAGCCGUGGACGAGGACAGCGAAGAGGAGAAGAAGCAUUCGAAGGAAAAACCGAGCGCUUCUGACGAGGUCUGGACCCAAAACCAGCAGAGACAGUUGGAGCUGGCGCUACAGCAGUACCCACGAGGCACCGCGGAACGCUGGGAUAAGAUCGCCAAAAUGGUGCCUGGGAAAAGCAAGGAGGAGUGUAUGAUCCGGUACAAACUGCUCGCUGAGCUGGUGCAGAAAAAGAAACAGGCGAAGAGCUGACAAAUUGAUCCUCUUCUCCUUUACUUGUUAUUUCAUCUCUCUCUCUCGUGCCUUAGCUUUGCCAAAAACAUGCUGUAUAUCAGCUGGAUCAGUUCUCCAGCUGUCUGGUUUAGGGCUGGUUUAUAUUUCUGACCGAUGUACAGUUCUCCAAAAGGAGGAGCUUCUUAUUCAGUAUUUUCACACUCGUAUAUUGUCUUGUGGAGAAAAUCGCAACCCCAUGCCCGUACAAUCCGACGUAUCGAUAGAGUAUUAUAAUGCCUAAUAGCAUGUUACCUGUGAUCUAGAACCCAUAGAAAGUGGAGGUCCUCAGUGUUAUUUCAUCUACAACUAGUAGAUGUAAUAUAUGCAAGUGUUUACACGUGUUCACAAAUACGCAGAAAUAUAAACCAGUCCUAGGCUUCUGUAUUAUGGGAAGCUGCAAAUGUGCAUAAAUCAGUUUUAUUUAUUAUAAUCUUUCCUUGCUGCUGUGGCCUUCGUUUCUCUGUAAAAUAACGCACAAGGAACAGAACAGCUAAGCUUCUCAUCAUGUUCGUUGAUUUUUAUUAUUUGUUUUCCCCUCUCCUUUUCUGAAUAUUUUGUGCACACCUCUGUUUUCAGUGACCCAACAUGGCAUUGUUUUUAUCUCUUAAUGAAACAUAAAUCAUGUAUGAACUAA